CAUUCAGGUCCAGCCUAUGGCACCGCAGGUGGACGCCGCAGCCCUGUCUCCUGCUCAGAGCGACUGCUUUCAAGGCCAGACCGCCCGAGGAGACUCUAUCGGAACACCACAGGGGGUUUGCUUAGCAAACACGCAAAAGACAGACUGCUGGGAUUAUGUAAGCACGCACACGAGUGCGAGCCUCGCUUUAAUUAUCCCCUAAUUACCAGCGGGAGAGUUGGUGCAUUCCGCACGUGAGCGGGGUGCUGGUCGGUGUGGUGACGCGCGUGCGCCUUGCGAACACAAAACUGGUUGCAAAGUGGCAGUAGAGAGCGAGAGAACUGGAAAUCAUUAUAAAGUGUGAGGCCGCUGCACGUACAGCUGCCUGGUUGUCUUCUGCUUUACCAGACGUCACUUUUUUCCUGUUAAAUUCUGGAAUAAAAAAAAAAAACCAAAAACAAACAAACAAACAAAGAAGAAGUCAACCCGCCGUAAACAGGACUACGUUAUGGACGAAGGGAUUUCUCGUCUGCAAGACAGACAGUUUUUGGAUCACGCAGAUUUUCUUGGGGUGGAAUAUUCUUCGUUGUACAUGUGCAAGCCGAAAAGAGGCAUGAAGAGAGAAGAGAAUAAGGAAGCCUACAAGCUACCCCACAGAUUGAUAGAGAAGAAAAGACGCGACCGGAUCAAUGAAUGUAUCGCCCAGCUGAAAGAUUUGCUUCCAGAGCACCUGAAACUGACGACGCUCGGGCACCUGGAGAAAGCAGUGGUCUUGGAGCUAACCCUGAAGCACUUGAAAGCGUUGACAUCAGUCACGGAACAGCAGCACCAGAAGAUCAUUGCUUUACAGACUGGGGACCGCGCAAUGAAAGGCGCCCUUCAGCCUGACCUGGACGCUUUCCACUCGGGCUUUCAAACCUGUGCCAAAGAAGUCCUGCAGUACCUUAACCGCUUCGAGAACUGGACCUCCAGGGAGCAGAGAUGCGUGCAGCUCAUGAAUCAUUUGCACAAACUUUCGGCGCAGAUCGUGCCCGCCGCCACCUCCACCCCCCUGGUGGUGCCCCCGCAGGUGUCGGCGGGCAGUAAAGGCCCCCCCGCCCAAGAACACAAGCAGCCCAAGCUGGAGGCGCAGACUAACUGCGUACCGGUGAUCCAGAGGACUCACAACGGUGAACUCAACGAAAAUGACACAGACACCGACAGCGGCUACGGUGGCGAGACAGAGAAGUACGAUGGCAAAGCGCAGGAGUGUAAGGGUGGAAAUCCCCCCGGGGUGAAACGCGUGAAAGUGAAGCAGGAGUUUGGCGAUGAGACCCCCAUCAAAAAAAUGAAAGUGGACUCCUCCGGGGGGACUGGGCUGACAGCGGACACGAUUGGCAGGUCCGACGUGUCUCUGCUCAACUCCCUGGUGGGACUUGGCGGCGUUCCUUUCGGACAGCAAACACCCUUCUGCCUGCCAUUCUAUUUUAUAUCUCCCUCGGCGGCCGCAGCCUACAUGCCUUUUUUGGACAAAGCCAGUCUGGAGAAGUACUUAUACCCUGCCGCCGCCACCUCGGCGAACCCGUUCCCGCUCCUCUACCCAGGAAUCCCCGCUCACGCUGCCGCAGCCGCCUUCCCCGGGUUGUCGGCGGCGCUGUCCCCAGAGAAGGGCUGUCCAGUGUCCGCAUUGCUGUCGCAGAGAACGGGCACCCCAUCACCUGGUGUCGCGGCGCCAUCAUCUCCCACAGACAAUGACCUGCACAUGGACAGUGACAGCAGCCGCUCGCAAGAAUCUCUCAAGUCGGAGAACGAUGGCACUUAAAGCCAAACAGUAUGCCUCCAACGAGAUGUCAGAAGUGCUUACUAACCGUGUUACGCACAACCUCACCACCUCGCGUUUGUGUGUUUUAUGUUUCCUUUCACGUUACAUGUGGUUGUAGUUUGUUGAAAUAUUCCCUUCUUCAGUUAACACGGCUCAAAUAUCAAUGAACAUGUUAGGGAUUCUCGAUCUCAUUUGACGUAAUAUAUUGUUUAUCCUGCCCAGUUGUGUACACACAAUAUGAUCAUUUUAUAAGCGAGUGCUGAGAUUGCAGUUUUUAAAAGGAAAAAAAAAAUCAUAUUUUAACCAAUGUUUGUGCACUGCUAUUCAACAUGCAGGAAAAGAAACGGUGACUUUAUUUAUGAAGGCAAAAAUGAACUUAUCAGCACCUUAUUGCAAUUUUUCAAUGAAUGUAUUAAACGAUAUUACUGAUUGUUUUGUAAAAGCAAAGAAAACAUACCUGCCACUUUGUUUGUUUUUUUUUCUCCAAGGUAAAAUAUAUUUGUUAACACACCGCUUUUUGAGACACAGUGUGUCUCUUUUAUCUGUACAAUACUUUUUUUUUUAACGUUUUUGGAAAAUACCAAUGCACUGAGCCUUGUCAGCAAAUAUUGCUUUUCCCGAUUAAAACAACAAAAAAAAAAUCAUUUUAAUAGAAAGACUAAACAGUAUUACUUUGCCAAGUGCAUUUUGCAGUAAGCUUUGGUCUCUGGUUUUUAAUAUGAUGCUUUUCUUUAAUUGGCACUAAAGAAUUAAAAAAAUAAAAGCCCCUCUCCACUUAGGAGAUCUCCUCAGUGAGAUAUUUAUAGGUUGUUGCCAAGGUAGCACUGGUGAGUGGUUGCACUAGUAGGUUAUGUAAGAGAGGAGAUUCAAGUCUUGCUAUGAAUAUACUGUAUAUGGGAAAAGCUCUGGUCAAUUUAUUUUUUCUAUCUAACUCUGCUUUUCUUGCUGUUUUGUGGCCUAUACAUUCAAUCAAUGUCAUAUUUGCCUAUAUAAAAGAUGGGGUGUUUGUACAUACAAUAGGCAUAAAAUGGUAUAUGUCCAAGGUAUUUGUUGUAGGGGAAGAAAUAUAUAUAUAUAUUUGGAUUUUUAAAGACUUUAAUAGAGCAUAUGUUGCACUUAAUUGUUAGAGUGCUUAAAGCUUAUGGUGUCCUAAAGUAUAAAAAUAUAUAAUAAAAAAUCAUCAGGAAAACAUCAAAUGCAGGCUACAAGUGUUUGUUAAUGUGAUGUUAUGAGUUCAUGGUGACUUUUUGGGUGUUUUAUAAAAGUCCUUGUCAAAUG